AUGCCAGGUACCGAGGUGUCUGAUAGUGUGAUAGGCCAAGCAGAAGACUUUGGAAGCAAUCAAUAUACUCCAGAUUUAACUGAAGCAUCUAACGAAUCGAUUCGCAUGAAAUCGGAUAAUAUUUUACAAGGAUGUGGAAGCUCGCGUGGAACAGAAUUAGUUCUAGAUAAAAGCCAAGAAGACUUUGGAAGCAAUCAAUAUACUCCAGAUUUAACUGAAGUAUCUAACAAAUCGAUUAGCAUCAAAUCGGAUAAUAUUGCACAGGGAUGUGGAACCUCGCCUGGAAGAGAAUCAGUCUUAGAUGAAAGCCAAGCAGAAGACUUUGGGAGCAAUCAAUAUACUCCAGAUUUAACUGAAGUAUCUAACGAAUCGAUUCGCAUCAAAUCAGAUAAUAUUCCACAAGGAUGUGGAACCUCGGGUGGACCAGAAUCAGUUUUAGAUGAAAGCAAAGUAUUUGUUUAUAAUUCUGACACAUCUUCUUGGAUUGAUAUUGAAGCGCUUCAGCAAGCAACUUUGUGUCAAUCCCCAUCUUUAGAAAACAUAAUGGGAUUGGACAAUAUUCUAGAUACGCCGAUUGUGGAGAGCUGCGAGUUUCACAACCAAGUACAAACAUCAGAAAAUUUUGAAGUAGAGCAUAUGAGUUAUCUUCAGGACGAAAUUGAAUAUGAAAAAACAGAUCCAGAUUAUGGUCCAACCAUAAGCAACCAGAAAGAGUCUGAUGUAAAUUCAGAUAAUGAUCCUGAGGUUCUUGUAGUGACCGCUAAUAAUACUCCAGUUAGAACUACCAGAGAUACAACUUUGCAAUCGUUGGAAAAUAUAAUAGUGCUCGAUAAUAUCCAAGAUAUGCCGGUUGAGGAGAGUUUCGAGUUUCGCCAUCAAUUACCAAGACCAGAACAUUUCGAGAAAGAGCAUAUGAGUGAUUUUGAAGAUGAAAAUCUUGAAAAUAGAACAGAUCCAGAUUAUCAGAACGAAUCUGAUGCAAGUUCAGAUAAUGAUCCUGAGGCUGUUGGAGUGUCCGAUAAUAAUACUCUGAAUAAAACCACCAGAACUUCCAGAGGAAGAAAACGAAAAUUUGAAAUGCAAACAAACGUUACUGCAAAAAAAUUAAGAAAUAGUAACAAAGAAUAUUAUAAUUAUAAAGGCAAGCUUGUUAAACAAAAAUGUUUUCAAGAUUUUCAGUGCCCCUGUAAAGCAGAAUGCCACAAUAAAGUUGGACAAGAUGUAAGAGAGGAAGAAUUUAACAAAUUUUGGGCGUUAGGUGAUUACAACGCCCAGAAUAUGUUUCUUGCAGCUUCUAUGAGGGAGAAAGAGAAAGCUCGACAAUACACUAACAGGCCAUCAAAAAGGCAAUAUUCUAGAAUAUACACUCUCAGAGCAGUCCCUGUUUGCCGUGAAAUGUUUAGGCAUACGUUUCAGGUAUCAACCAAAAAAAUAAACACCGCGUUACAGAAAAUACGAUCUGACGAUUUGAAAGAUAAAAGGGGACAAAAACAGGGAGGAAAGAACAAGACAAGUGAUAAAAAAUUGGAGACAGUCAAGGAACACAUCAAUAAACUUCCACGAUACAAGUCACAUUACAGGCGUGAUAACACUGAUGCCGAAUUUCUUUCACCUGAAAUGACCCUUAUAAAAAUGUAUGACUUGUAUGUGGAAAACUUAAUUGGAGAAGAGAGGAACAAUGAGAUAGGGGAAUGGAGGGAAGGAAAUGAAAAAAAUAAAAAUGAUAUAUUGAAAGAUAUUGAUGCAAAAGACACGUGUAACACAUGCGAUUCCUUUGCUGCUAGAAUACAGUCGGCAACUGGUUCAGCCAAAAACGUUUUAGAAGAGGCACAUAACAAACAUAUAGACCUUUGGAGAGAAGCUCGAAAUCUCAUGAAUCAUGACAAACUAGAGGCUCACAAAGUGAAGGAGUUUGAAUGCUGA